ACCAAGGCAAAAACAUGGAAGAACAGAAGAAGAGUCCUGUUCUAGUUCACCUAGAACAGAAGAAUCCCGCUCUCCAUCACCAAGAACAGAAGACCCCUACUAUAGAUCACCAAGAACAGAAGAAUCCUACUCUCCCUGUCAAUGUUGAUGAUACAUUUUCAUUCUCGUCCGAAAAUGAGUCAUUUCAACAUCAACAAGAUGAACAAGAAUCCGAUUUUGAAUUUGGAUCGAUUACACCAGACUCGCCAACAAGCGAUUCAUGCAAGAAUUCUCCGGCUGAUUUAUUGUUCUUCAACGGCCAACUUCUACCUCAUGUUUUCCCGUCAUUUUCAAGUACAGAUUCUUCAACUCGGACAAGUCGUACCGGCAGCAUUAGAAGUAAAGAUUCGUUUACAUGGGCAUCUCGAAGCAAUAGCAACAACAGUAGAAGCAGUUUCAGCAGUAGUAGCAGUACUACUCAAACUAGUAGUCCGAUAAGCCAUGCAUUAAGCCCCAAUCCGACAUUGAAGUAUUCAUUAUGUAGUGGUGAUCACAUUGAUCUUGUCAGUGCCAAAUCAAAACCUAUUGUUGGGGCCAGCAAGAAUUCCACCACCAAGAAGCCAGUCCGAGUACAACCUUCCACUAUGCCAAAAUCGAAGUGGCAAUUUAUAAAACCGGCACCAAUUUUAACAGCUACAACAGAUAUGUGCCGGAAUAAGAAAAUUGAGAUAGUGGCCGUUCAUCAAAAGCCGAAAACAAAAAAGCAAAUCAAGACAAAGAAGAAAAAAAGUAGAUCAGCACGAUCAUGGUUUGGGUGGAGAAUUUUCAGGUCAAUUUUAUGGGCUUGUCGAGCAUGCCAUGCUCUUGAGCCAUAAAAAAAUUUCGGGGUUAAUCCAUUUAAUGGCCAUAAAUAUGCUUAAUUUGGUGUGCAUGUGUGGUUACAUGAUCAUAUAUAUGUAGCAAGUGUCGGAUAUUCAGAACUAUCAAUUAAGUGUUCUUCCCGCAAAUCUAUCAAUUAAGUGUUCU